AUUUUAUUGAUCAGCAGUCUACUUUUCAACUCACUUCAGCUCUUUGUUGUUCCAUUUGGUGGUGGUGGCGGUGGCAAGUCUUCCGUUUGGGAUGCAUCCGACCGAGCCAUUGAACUAAGUGGAAUGGUUCACGGUUCCUGGCCUUGACCUCUAAGGGGCUACAAGAAAGAGACCCCCCACCUGGUACAAGUACAGAGCUGGUGUCCCAUGUAGGUCUUUGCAACGUUGCUACCAUUUACGACCUGUCACCCGAAGUGCUUAUGCUGCGCCUGUCGGCAGCAUGGAAUCUGCAUCGGGGCAGCAUGUUCAGCAUCUCGAGGCAUCUCGAGGCAUUGGCUCAAGCCAGACAUUUCGUUCGGGAUGGGGGCGGGCCGCUCGCAGCGCGACACGUCCGUCCAGGGCAUCCGUUGCCAUGGCCCACCCUCACCCCACCGAUGCCUAUGCCCUCGCGCCUCAUCCCACAGACGCCUAUCGCCGAGCAUAUCCAUCAUCGGCACCCCCACCUCCGGGUGAUUAUGGCUAUGGUUACAGCUACCCUCCUCCGCCAGCCUAUGGCUACCCUCCUCCUCAGCACCCACCACCAGGUUAUGGCUACCCACCACCCGGGCCACCAGGCCAUCAUCCCCCACCGCCGGGCUAUGGCUACCCACCACCCGGCUAUCCACCACCUGGCUAUCCGCCGCCAGGCUACCCACCUCCGAGCUACUGGCCACCACCCCCAGGAGCCUAUGGCGGGGGCUACGGUCGUGAACCCUCCAGGAGCAGAUCUCCACGGCGGGAGGGGAAGUACACCUGUCGCUUCUUCAUUGGCAUCGAGAACGACAACAAGUUCAAGGUGGCCAAGCGGAUCAUCGGGGGCAACGGUGCCAACAUGAAGGAGAUCGUGCGGAAAUCCGGCGACGUCGCCAAGCUGCGUUUGCGGGGCAAGGGCUCGGGCUUCGCAGAGAGAGACACCGGCGAGGAGUCACCCGAGCCACUGCAGCUGUGCAUCUCCUGCCCGACUCAACGCGGCUACGACAUUGCGCGAAAAUGCGCCGAGGAGCUGUUGUUGAGAGUCUAUGAUGAAUAUGAAGACUAUUGCUCGGAGAAGGGCUUGGAAGUUGAGCUGCCAACCAUCAAGAUGACUGAGCGGCAUAUGAGUGGAGACACUGGGGGGGCGCAAGGCAGCGGUGCCGGGCGGAAAGGGAACCGGCGCGAGCGCAAGAAGCCCAAGGCGGCCGCGAAGCCCAAGGAGGAGGAUCACGGCGAGCGGCCCGAGGGUGCCCCAGGCGUGGAGGAGAUCGAGGAACUCAUCUCCGAGCGGAAUGCCUGCCGCAAGCGGGGCGAGUACAGCAAGGCGGACGAGAUUCGGGACGAUUUGAAGGAGCGGGGCGUGGUGCUGAGCGAUGAGAAGGGCGCCCAUGGGGAAGGCUUGAACGUCACGUCCUGGAGGUAUUGGCACGACUGAGAGGUGAGAGAGGUGGAUCGGCCACGAGUGAAUGGAAAAGGAACCGCGGACCGCGCACCUCGCUGCGCUGCGGCUUGGGUGAAGCUGGGGGAAGUGGCCACGUCGAGGUUCGCACCAAACUUUGGGCAAAAGAGGCCUCCUUUUUGCACGGUGACACGGAGAGAAGCAUACUAUUGGACCCCACGAGGCGUGUCUAUUGAUGAUCUCUGAAA